GAUGCAAGGAGGCACGCUACUGCUGAUUGGACUACUAGCAGGUGUGGCGGGCAGUGGCUAUGCAAGUGACGACAGUCACCCUGCCCACCGGAAGGCCAAGGGUAUAGGCACCCUGUUCCGCUGGAAGCAAAUCGACUUCGAAUAUGAAAAUUUACAGGCAAGACAAGCUGCUAUCGACAGUGGGCGGUUCAACCAAACGAACGUAAUAACCCUGGGCGUGGAGCGGUGGAAGGACCGCGUGUUUGUCAGCACGCCUGCAUGGAAGAAGGGCGUGCCGGUGACGCUCUCGUCCGUCCCGAUUGUGAGCUCUACUGAAUCGCCGCUUUUGAAACCUUACCCCAACUGGGACUGGCAUAAUGCGGAAAACUGUACUGGAUUCACGUCCGUAUUCCGAAUGGCCGUCGAUCAUUGCGGCAUCAUGUGGGUGCUAGAUGCCGGACAAGUUGAAGGUUUUGAAACUCCUCGCCAGAUCUGCCCGCCGGCAAUAUUCGCCAUUGACCUUGAAACCGAUACCGUGCUAGCGCGUUACCCAAUUCCAGCAGAAUAUGUACUCCAGGACUCCUUGAUUACUAAUAUAGUGGUUGACUCCAGGGACCCUCUCUGUAGAGAUCUCCACUUGUACAUCGCUGAUGCACGGCGGUAUGGACUUAUCGUAUUCAGAAGCUCUGAUGAAUCAUUCUGGAGAUUUAACCACUACACUUUUUAUCCAGAACCAUUAUUGUCCAAUUACACUUUACAUGGAGUAAAUUUCCAAUGGUCCGAUGGCCUUUUUGGAAUGUCCUUAGGCAAACUAUAUCAAGGAGAUAGACCUCUAUAUUACCACGCAAUGUCUAGUUCUUUGGAGUUUGUAGUGAUGACAUCGGUAAUACGUGAUCCCUCGCGUGUUAGUAACUCAGUGGAUGAAUUUAAACUUUUGGGUGAAAGCCGAGGCCCAAUAGGGCAAGUCUCGGCAUCUGUCAUCGAUCGCAACGGCGUCAUGAUCUUUAACCUUGUUUCUCAGGACAGUAUAGGAUGUUGGGAUACUCGUAAACCAUACGAAGACGCCAACCUUGGAGUUGUGGCCCAAAGCAGUAGCACGUUAGUGUUUCCUAAUGACUUGCGAAUAGAUCAUGAAGUGCCGCAAAUGGCCUGGAUAAUAACAAACAAACUGCCAAUGUAUCAAUUUAAUUUGAUAAACCCGAAUGAAUAUAACUUUAGAGUCUUGUAUUUAGAUCCGGCCAAAGUUGUAGAACAUACUAUUUGUCAGCCGUAGAUAGAAUUUGGCAUCAUUGUUAGGAAAACAUUGUUAAUAAUAAAAAGUGUGACCUUU